AUGUCGAUGUUGGUAGUGAUCGUGAUGGUGGCUGCGGUGCCGAUGGCAGCCGCCCUAAUGGCUCUUGAUGUUGCCUUCCUCGUUCGUUCCGGUUUGGGUGCUGCACGUCGCAUCUCACUUGCACCCGAGGUUGUCCUCGCUGCAUUCGGCAUCAUUGUCUCCCAGUUGGGCUUUUGCGUGGCGUACGUGGACAUCAUCAUCACCACCCUGCUGGAGCCCAACCUGCUCGCAGACAAGAUCCCGGAAAGCGUCUUGCGCGUCGGCCUGGCCGUCGUGCUGUGCCUGCUGUCUUCCCUGCGAAAGUUGGACAGUUUAGCGAAGAUUUCUGUUCUGGCCUUGGCGGUCUACGCAUACCUGCUGGUGGUCCUACCAAUCCGAUGGGGCACUGAAGAGUUGACAAGUGGGCGAGCCCCGAGCUUGAGAGGCGUGUGGGGGAAGUUUGAACCCAGCAACCUGGGACUGUGGUUGGGAACGUCCAUCUUUGCGCAGGAGGCGGUUGUUGUCAGCCAGUGCGUGUACCAGGACAUGCGCCUCAGGGAUCACAGGGCAUUCCGGCCAAUCCUCGUGUCCAGCUUCGUGAUCUGUUCUGUUGCAAGCACCGCUUUAGCGGCCUUUGGGUGCAUGUGCUAUGGCGACUCGGUCAAGCAGGUCUUCUAUCUCAACUUCCCUGCCAGCAGCCUGGAUGUCACCAUUGCGGAGACAAUUCUUUGCCUCGUCCUGCUCCCCACCUUCGUCAUCCAGCUGUAUCCAGUGGCGAGGUGCUUCGAUGAGCUUCUAACAUGCGCAGGUUACGUCAGCCUUUCCUCGGAUGACUCCGACGAAACCUUGGAAGACUCCGAGGAGGGCAGAGGCCAAAGUUGCCUGGUGAAAGUCCUCGCGCGGUGGUUGCUUGUGAUCAUCUCUUGCGUGGUGGCUGCGGUGGUGCCGGACUUGGCCUGCAUCUCUGGCUACAGCGGCAGCUUCGCGAUGAGCGUGAUUGGCUUCUUCCUGCCACCGCUAUGCCAUCUGAAGCUGCAUCACUUCCGCGUGUCCACGCUGGACUGGAUUCUGAACGUGGGCUUGCUUGCAGUUGGGGUGACCGCUCUGGUCCUGGGUGUCAGCAAUACGCACUGCGGCGCGGAGUGA